UUAAGACUUUUCGAAAAAAAUAUAGAAUUUUAAGUAUGCCAAGUUCAUGUAAUGACAUUCGAAAAGCUCUAGCAUUAUGUAUUUCGAAUUCGGAUUGUAUGAAAAAUGGAAAUUCUGCAAAAGAAUGUUUAUCUAAUUCUGAAUUAUUAGAAUUUGUGCCUUUACAAUGCCAUCUUUUAAAGAGAAGUUUAUAUAAUUGCAAAAGAGGAAUGCUUGAUAUGAGAAAGAGGUUUCGUGGAAAUGUCCCUAUUGAUAUUGAUAAAUGAGAAAUUAAAACUUAUAUGUGUAACAAUAUAAUUUGUUUUUGGAUC